UACCUUUCACCUCCACCUUCCCAGCAGGCUGGUGCUCGUCUCCGAUAAUUCUUCUAUCUUUCUCCUUUCUUCUCAUACUUUCAUUCCCUGCACUUUUCUCCUCGUCGUCACUUUCGAUCAUGACUUCGAUCACCACCAAGAUCGACAAAGCUGUUGCCAACAGUUUCGUGGGUAGGAGAUUCAGACUUGAUGGAUCCGGCCAUGCGAAAUCUCGUCAGAAUGCCCGUUUCUUGACAGAGAUUCGAGCUGGUCUUGCUACCUUCUUCGUCAAUACCACCAUCCUCGCUGACAGCGGCGGAACUUGCGUCUGCACUGAUACCACUGACCCCAUAUGCACGAGCGACACGGAUUACGCCUUAUGUGUUGGUGUCAUUCGCCGCGACUUCAUCACCGCUACUGCCGCUAUCUCUGCUUUGACUUCGUUCUGCAUGGGCCUCUUUGCAAAUAUGCCUAUUGCAUUAGCUCCAGGAAUGGGGCUCAAUGCGUACUUCGCUUAUACCGUAGUGGGCUUUCACGGAAGUGGCCCUGUCAGCUACAGAUUUGCUCUUACCGCCGUCUUCGUUGAAGGCUUUAUAUUUGUCGCAUUGUCCCUUCUCGGCCUUCGACAAUGGCUAGCAAGAGUCAUCCCAGCUUCGAUCAAGCUCUCUGCUGGAGUUGGCAUUGGACUAUUCCUUACAAUCAUCGGCUUGACAUACAGCGCUGGUAUCGGAGUCAUUGUGGGAGCUACAGAUACCCCACUAGAGCUCGCUGGGUGUCCUCAAAGUGAUCUAGAUCCGACAACGGGCCUUUGCCCCAAUUCAAGCAAGAUGCGUGCGCCAACAAUGUGGCUUGGAAUCUUCUGCGGAGGCUUCUUGACAGCAAUCCUUCUGGCAUACAAAGUCAAGGGUGCGAUCAUCGCUGGCAUCUUACUGGUCUCAAUUAUUUCAUGGCCCAGAACCACUUCAGUCACUUACUUCACCUACACUCCCGUUGGAAACGACAGCUUCGACUUCUUCAAGAAGAAGAAGGUAGUCACAUUUCACGGCAUCGAGAAGACUCUUGUUGCCCAGGAGUGGGAUCUUGCUGGCGUAUCAGGUCAGUUUGGGCUUGCCUUAAUUACUUUUCUUUACGUGGACAUCCUGGAUUGUACCGGUACACUCUACUCAAUGGCUAGGUAUGCUGGUGCUAUCAAUGAAGAGACUCAAGAUUUCGAGGGUUCUGCUGUGGCAUACUUGGUGGAUGCCCUGGGUAUCUCUAUCGGAUCACUCUUUGGUCUUUCACCUGUGACGGCGUUCAUCGAAUCUGGUGCGGGCAUUUCGGAAGGAGGCAAGACUGGUCUCACUACGAUGACAACUGGUCUCUGUUUCUUCAUAUCGAUCUUUUUCGCACCCAUUUUUGCUUCAAUCCCGCCAUGGGCUACGGGAUGUACCCUUAUUAUCGCAUACUUCGGAGACGCUCUUCCAGCAUUCCUAACUUUGGCCAUUAUGCCUCUAACAUACUCCAUUGCCUAUGGUUUAGUUGCUGGUAUCAUUUCAUACGCCAUCAUCAACACCAUUACUUGGCUGAUCGAGGUGGUCUCCGGUGGCCGAAUUGUUGUUCCAGACAGAGAGUUGAAAGAGCCAUGGACCUGGAAGAUCAAGGGAGGCCUUUUACCAUUCUGGAUCGUUAGGCUGGCUAAAGGAAAGAGAGACUUCUGGCGAGAAGAGGAACAAAAUUCCUCUGGUCUCAUUCAAUCCGAUGCGACGAAUGAGAAAUCAUCGCCAACUGCCUUUGCGGAAACAACAUCUAGCACUGACAGUACGCCCACCCACGAGCGAUCUAACAAGGUGAUUUAAGGGAUGCACUGUUGUCUGCUUUAGGUUUGCAUGAUUUCAACAAGGGAAGGGAUGGGGUGGAGGAAAUGGCAGACCGCGUGGUAAUCGCUGGUCUUACUUUAUCUUAAUUGGUGAUUUGAGAUCCUCGAGAGAGCGACAUAUGAGAC